AUGCAUGUAUUUGAUAAAUGUGCUGGUCAAUUUACACGUUUACCAAUGUUUUUUAUGACAUUUCAUGGUCAAGAAAGUAUUGAUAAAGUAAUAAAUAUAAAAAUGGAUUAUUCAAAUAGAGAUCGAUUUUUUAAACAAGAUACUUUAAUUCAUGGUUUUAGAAAAUUUGCAACAAAUAAGAAAUAUCAUCUUACAAUUGUUAUUCAUCCAAGAAAAUUAUUAAAAUAA